UAUAAUUUCUUUAGUCUGUGUAUUCAUAGCUUGCUUUCGUUUUGCCACAACAAUUUUUCUGGUUAUUUCUAUUUUUCUCCGCCAGAUUUUAUGAGAGUGUGAAUUGAAAUACAUUCUUCGAGAUGGUUGUCUCACCACAAAGCGACAAUGAGGCCCCGAACACCCCCAGCAGCAACAAGAAUGUGUCAUCCAAACAAUCCUCCAUAGCUGAUACAAGAGCAGAGCUUGCUGAACUUGUAAAAAGAAAAGCUGAAGUAGCUGAAACACUGGCAAACCUGGAGCGCCAGAUAUAUGCCUUUGAGGGCUCAUACUUGGAAGAUACUCAGUUGUACGGAAACAUCAUCAGAGGGUGGGAUAGAUACUUGACUACUAAUAAAAGCACAAACUCAAAAGCAGAUAAGAGAAACAGGAAGUUCAAAGAAGCUGAGAGAUUAUUCUCAAAGUCCUCCAUCACAUCUAUGGCUGCUGUGAGUGGACUUGUGGACCCAGCUGAAACUAAAAAUGAAAGAAACAGUGAGACUGAGUCUCAAACAAAUGAGGAUUCGUCUGACACUCAACUUAGUUCUGGAAUGAAUAUUGGUGGUCUGAACCACACAACCAUCCACGGCUCCUCUGAGAGUAUUGCCUCUAAACCUGCUGGCAAGCAUCACACUAAUGGCAACAUAGACAAGACCAUCAGUCACUCUUCCCUUACAAAACAGACUGCCACCCAAAAGAUUGCAACAUCAUCUGGAAUGCUUCAGAAACAAUUUGGAAGUGACAGCAAAAUGCUAGCUGCUGUUGGCCUCGACAGCAGGCCCAGCACCCCCAAGGAAAAGGACAUAGCACUUGGACUGAUCAGCAAAGGGGAGGGCACUCCCAACUCCCUCAAACACAAAAUAUCUACUAGUGGAAGUGGCAGCGUCAAAAAGAGUAACAACAAAAAAGCAAGACACAGAUAGAAUUACUGAAUUUUCGGCAUUCUCAUUGAGAUAUUUGAUGUAAAUUAGAUUUAAUUGUUUUGUGAAAAGGAAAUUGAUGUUUUGUUGAAGUGUUUGUAGUUACAUUAUUGGGCUGGUUCUGUGAAAAAGGAAACCAUCCUACUAAGUAACUAAGACACCAGUGGAUACCAAGCCAUGUAUUAACAUACAUUUUAAUAUUUAGUGUCCAAUAGUUCUACUCCAACAACAAAUAUAAUAGGCAUACUAGAAUAUAAUAGUAUACAUCCUGUUCUUAAGUUUUUGAGUUCAUAUAUUAAAAUAAGCAAUAUACCAACUUUUCUGAAUUAAACGAUUUAGGUACUUAACAAAUCAAUAAUUGUAGAAACUUCAUUUAUCAACAGUCUAUUUAUUUUGCGUUUUAUAAAAUCUGAAAACAAUAAAGUUACUUACAAUCUAAA